CUUAAAUGCUCUCGGUGAAUUUGCCUUUAUGCGUGGUAGCAGCGCACGUGCCAUUGAUGACUUCGCCAGCAAAGUCAAGGGCUUUGGUCGAAGCUCAGCCGGGUCAGAAGCGGAGGCCUCACAGGAUCCAGAGGCUCAAACAUCACAGACGCAGCCCAGCUCGUGGUUUGCCAAGUUGAGUACUGCGCUGCCCAGUGUUGCUGAGGCGGCAGCAGCGGCCACUGCAGGCGAUCUGAAUGCCUUGUCAAAGGCUGCAACUAGUGCACAACAGGGCCUGCAGCAGGGCAUCACUGACUUCACUGGCAAAGCAAAGGGCAUUGCACGGCAAGCGUCCACUACCAUUUCUGAGAAUGCAAUCUCUCGAGAGAGGUGGAUGAUGUUCUUUGGUGGAGCUUUGUUGGGCUGCUUUCUAAUGAGCCUGGCAUUCUUCUUUUUGCCUAUGGUAGUUCUUGCUCCGCAGAAAUUUGCGUUGCUUUUUACCUUAGGGUCAUUGUGCUUUCUUGGGAGCUUUUCAGCACUUCGAGGACAUUCAGCUUUCCUGAGGCACCUUCUUUCCCGUAGUCGUUUGAUCUUCACGCUGACCUAUGCCAUGUCAAUGGUAGGAACUUUGUGGGCGUCUUUGGUUUACAGGUCUUACUUGUUGGCCAUUGCUUUCUCAGCCGUGCAGGUCAGCGCUCUUUCGUGGUUCCUCGUUUCGUACAUCCCUGGUGGCAGGCGAGCCCUGGGAUUUGUGACUGGCAUGGCGUGGAGGAUAUGCAAGGGAUGCUGCAAGUGCGCAAGUAAAGGUUCCUUGCUGCCCUUCUGAUGGAGUGUCAAACGUUUCUGGAAGCGCGAAGAGGUCGAUUUGCAUACCUGGAGCGCAAAA